AUGGUGCCCGAGUCCAUCCAGGCGCGGCGGGCGCGUCCCGGCCAAGUCAAGACAGACUUGGUACCACAGACACAACUCGUGGUCAUACCACCCUCGGCCGUCAGCAACUCGUCCCUCUCGACUGCUUCGCUGCGUGGCUCGCCGGCCCAGUCGGUAGAGACCGUUGGGACGGCUGCUACUACCGGGAGCUCCCUCCAAGCUUCGCCCGAGUUUCUCGACACUUGCUAUGAGAAGGAGCUCGAAGACCUCGAUCCGUUAGGCCCCCCUUUUCGUCUUCCCGAGGCGGUCAACGCCAAGCAGCCAACUGAGCCCGCCGUUACCCUCCUGUCGAGGAGGACCAGCAGCACCUCGCUCGGCCAACCGGGCCAUAAGACUCCCGGGACAAGUGCCAUGGGCGAGGCCAUGAAGAUGAGCAUCGUCCGGCGCGCUUCCAACACGAUCCGGCGGGCCACUGGUUUGGUAGCGAGGCGACCCUCCUCGACACAUCCCACCAGCCGGGAUGGGAGCGUGGGGCCCGGUGUGAUCCGCCGGCGCGGCAGCAUGAGCAACCCAAACACACCCUAUGAGGCCGUCAGCACAUUUGACAGCGACGACGAUGAAUUCACCUUCUCUGCAGAUGAUCGUACCGACAGGACACUACCGGACACCGGUUCUGCCUCGUUGAACUCGUCUAGCAGUCUGGGCCUCAUACCGCUGGCCAUCCGCCAAGGCACAACUCUGGCCAAGGUUGCCAAAAACAAGAACACCAAACAAAUCACCCUGUCUUUCGAUCUCGACACGGCCUCCGUCCGGUGGGGUCGGAACAAGUACUUCAACAUCGACGAUGUUGUGGAGGUCCGUAAGGCCCCCGACAUCCGGCAAUACAGACUCGACGCCGGGCUUCUCGAAUCCGUCGAGCCCCGGUUUUUCACCAUCAUUUACAUGCCCCCGGGCAAGACCAGCACGAAGGUGCUCCACCUCAUCGCCCAGAACGACGAGUCCUUCCAGCUCUGGAUCGAAGCACUCGACACAAUCCCCAAGCAGCGUCAGCUGUUUGCGGCCAAGCUGAUGUCGUUGGACAACAAGGCCAUGCGGACCUGGUGGCGAAUGGAGAUGGAGAGGCAGCUGGGACGCAUGCGCUCUGCUGAGGAUGAGCAUAUCGAUCUCGCCGACGCCGAGCGCCUGUGCCGCAGCCUCUUCAUCCAUGCGUCCAGCGAGGAAGUACAAGCCAAGUUCAACCUGGUUCGGGGCACCCGCUCGAGUUUGGACGACGUGCCCGGCAGCCCGCAGCCCGACUCUCGUCUCAACUUCGACGAAUUUGUCGAAUUCAUGCGGUUGAUCGUGGCCCGGAGCGACUCCCGGACCGUCUUCCGUGCCCACACGAGAACUGGCGCGAACAAGAUGACCAAGGCUGAGUUUUUCCGCUUCUUGCGCGAAGCGCAGCAGGAAAACAUUGAUGAUGACCUCGCGAUCUGGGACGACAUCUUCACCGGGUUUGCCCGCAAGGGGCGGCCGAGGGGUACCGACAAGCAGGAGCCCGCAGGCGAGGAGGAACUGACCAUGUCUGAAGCCUCCUUUACCGCCUACCUCACCUCGGCACACAACGGCGCGAUUCCCAGGCAGUUCCGGGAGUACGUGUUGGACCGACCGUUGAACGAAUACUAUAUCUCCAGCUCCCACAACACCUACCUAAUUGGGCGCCAGGUUGGGGGCGUCUCGAGCACCGAAGGGUACAUUGCCGCGCUGAAGGGGGGCUGCCGGUGUGUGGAGGUCGACUGCUGGGACGGCGAAAACAACCAGCCAGUCGUCACCCACGGCCACGCGCUGACGACAAGAAUCUCGUUCCAAGAGGUCAUCAACACGAUCAACAAUUAUGCGUUCUCCACGUCUCACUUCCCGCUUUGGAUCUCGCUGGAAGUGCGCUGCAGCCAAAACACGCAGAUCAACAUGGCCAAGAUCAUGAUCGAUACGUUUGGUGACAAGCUUGUGCGAGCACCUCUGGACCCGACCUCGGACCGCCUGCCCUCGCCGUCUGAGUUGAUGGACCGCAUUCUCAUCAAGGUGAAGAAGGCGAACGAGGGUAGCAAGGGUCUCGAACGGCCCAUGGGACGGCGCCGUGGCAACAGCAUGCCGACUCCGUACCAACGUUCCAUGACCCUGGACUCGAUGCCGGUCCCAGUGCCCUCGAGCCCGCUCUUGAGCCCGGCUUUGACGUCGAGAUCGAACCGGCAGAUCAACACCAUCACUGAGGGCCUGGUCCAUGAACCCGCCAGCAGCGGCCCGAGCGAGUGCGAUAGCGAGAGCGACAUCGGUGCCGUGAAACGGCCCCAGAGCAAGAUCCACCCCGUCCUGGGCGAGUUGGGCGUCUACUGCAUGGGCAUCCACUUCGACGGCUUCGAUAGUCCCGACGCCAAGAGGUUCAACCACAUUUUCUCGUUCAAGGAGAAGACGUUUGCCGAGAAGAACCAGCCGUCCGAGGAGAAGCGGGCGCUGUACCGGCACAACAUGCGCUAUCUGAUGCGUGUCUACCCCGACGGCCAGCGCAUUCAGUCCUCCAACUUCAACCCGCUCAUCUACUGGAAGCGCGGCGUGCAAAUGGCGGCGCUGAACUGGCAGACCUUCGACACGGGCAUGCAGCUGAACCGGGCCAUGUUUGAGGGCGGCACCGCCGAGUCGGGUUACGUCCUGAAGCCGCUCGAGGGCCGCCAGAUCCAAGUGAUGCCGAACCUGAGUCCGGAUGAGUGCAUGGGCAAGCGGCCGCGGAAACAGGUCUCGUUCGAGAUCGAGAUCAUCUCGGCCCAGCAGCUGAUGCGCCCCACCAAUCUCAGCGGGAAGCGCACCAUGGACCCGUACAUCCAGGUCGAGGUGAUGAUGGCGGACGACAAGCGGAACAAGGGCGGCGUCGCAGUGUCCGCCACCGGCCAGCAGAUGCAGCUGAAGCAGCGGACCAAGAUCGUGCGCGACAACGGGUUCAACCCGCAGUUCAACGACACCUUCACAUUUGACGUGACCACCAAGUACCCCGACUUGAUCUUUGUGCAGUUCGCUGUCCGGUUCGCCGACAAGGGCGGAUACAACGACAAGGCGCCUCACAGCGCGACCUUCACCGGGAAGCUCUGCAACUUCAAGCAAGGCUACCGCACCAUCCGGCUGCUCGACGACCACGGCGACUUCUUCGAGUUUGCCGCCCUGUUCUGCAGGAUCAAGAAAGGCCCCGUCACCGACAUCAUGGUGUCGUACCCGGAGGAUGUGCCCAAGAACGCCAACAACAAGCUCAAGAACAUCAGCAACCUGGGUCGAAAUGUGUUUACCAAUUCGAGCCCGAAAUCCAGCUUAGAAAGCGGCCGCACCGCUUGA